UUUCCCGGGAAGUUGCGCAGUAUUAUUGUUGUGUCUGGUGACUGCUGUGUUACUGCUGUUACUGCUGUUACUGCUGUGUUACUGCUGUUACUACUGAGACAUCAUGCCUGGAGAGCUCAAGUGUGUGCUGCGCUUCAAGAAGCUCACUCAUAAUGCUCUAACUCCCAGUAAAGGCUCAAAAUUUGCUGCUGGAUAUGACUUGUGUAGUGCUUAUGAUGUCACAGUACCAGCAACUGGAAAAGCUCUGAUCAAGACGGACAUUCAAGUAGAGUUACCUGAGGGUUGUUAUGGCAGAGUGGCUCCACGAUCUGGGCUGGCAUGGAAGAAUCACAUUGAUGUAGCUGCUGGUGUUAUUGAUAGAGACUACAGAGGUAAUGUUGGCGUAGUUCUCUUCAACCAUGCCAAGGUUGAGUUCCAAGUGAAGAAAGGUGACCGCAUAGCUCAACUCAUUUGUGAAAGAAUAUUUUAUCCUGAGUUGGAAGAAGUGGAGGAACUUGCAGACACAGAACGUGGUGAAGGCGGUUUUGGAUCAACCGGAAUUUGUAAAAGGCAGUAGUAAUUGGAACGAUACAUCUUUUCUGCUAUCUAGUGCAUAACUAUGAGGGAAAAAAAAAAUUGUAAAUCAUUGAGUGUUAUGAUAUUUAUGCCUUUGACUUUUAAGACUACUAGAAUAGAUUUUUUGGGUUUUACAAAAAAUUAUUUAGUAUCACAUUGUACUUUUAGGUUUUUAAUUGCACAUAUAAUAUCAUGUUUUUUAUGACUCCUUUUGUGUCGUAUAGUACUGAAUCUCAUCAAAGUUGUAAUUAUUGUAUUAGUAUUUUUCAUAUUCUGCUAAAAACAUUAAGAUUGGAAUAAAAUAUUUUGACGGUGACAA